CUCCGAGCGCUAGUCACGCAGGUCCGCCAUUUUAUAAAGUGCGUCUUGUUUAUAGAAAUGGCCGCCGCGCUUUGCGCUUUUAUUUUGGAUUUUUCCUCGACUUGCAAACUUAUUGCCGAUAGUCAUUGAAAACGCGAGGCUUCAAAGAUAGUUUUGCAGCUCAACAAUCAGUACCAAAGAUUUAUGAAGCAUUGUUCCCCUAUUAACUCAUAAUAUGGGUGGAACUCGUUUUAUGGUCCAGUGGGAGGAGCAUCCCUCCCACUUGGCCACUCGACUGGGACAGCUGCUUGAGCACCAGACGCUUGUGGACGUGACUCUAAUGUGCAAUACUCACACAUUACGAGUACAUCGUGCCGUCUUAGCAGCCUGCAGUCCAUAUUUUGAGUCUAUCUUACAGCGACAACUUGGAGCUCAUCCUUUAAUUGUUCUGAAAGACAUGCAGUUUUCUGUGUUAAAAUCCUUAAUCGAAUUUAUGUAUUGUGGAGAGACAAGUGUGACUGAAGACAACCUAGGAGCCUUGCUUCAAGCAGCAAAAUUUUUCCAGGUGAAGGGAUUGUCAUCUAUGACAAAGGAGGCCCUUGGGCUGCCAUCGUCUCCAUCGAAACCAGUACCAACUCCCACUCCUGUACCCAUCAAUGGGGACUUUGCCAAAAAAGUGCCACAACUCAGAACCCCCACUUCAGGGAAAAAAAUUGGUAUGCAGACAACCCUUGUAUCGACUGCUGAAGUCAUGAAUAAACAAAUUGUAGCUUCAAACAGCACCGCCACUACUACCACUGCUGGCACUGCUGGCACCGCAUCUGUUCACGGACGAGUUGGUCCUGGAGGAGACUCCCCUGCUGUCAAGGUUGCAUCUGCUCAAGGAACUUCAACGAUUUCUACUGACACAGCUCAAUUGCUUCUGAAUCUUUCUGGAGUGGAGGGCACAUCUCAGGCUGUCACCACAAUUGAAACUCCUGUUCAAGCAGCUGCUUCUAAGCUAGCAACAACGACAUCAACACAGUCAAGACCUAUGCUUCAAAUGUCCAGUCGCAACGUUCGCCUCACAAAUAUACGUGGUUCAAACAUGAUGAAGAUAGAUGCUAAAACUUUGGUGGAGAAAUCUAAACUUGGCGAGACUCCAGCUGUAGGUGCUCAUCACAUUGAUGAGUCUCCCCGGCGAAGAGGGCGUCCAUUAAAGAAGCAAAUUAAUGUCAUGUUCCAGGAGAAAGUUAUGUCAGAUGCUGAAGUGGCAUUGCAAAAGGAAGCCGAUGCUAGCCGCAUGGCACUGGAAGCUCUCAAAAGAGAAAUGAACACAGGAGAUCCUGGUAAUGCUGCUGCUGUUGAAGCUGAAUUAGUGGAAGCAGGAGCAAGAUCACAAGAAAUUCAAGAUGAAGACAUGAUGGUCAAGCAUGAAGAGGACAUUUCUCAUGGCUCUCAGACUUUAAUUGCCUCCGAAGAAAACAGUCAAGAAUCUGAAGCAAAUCCUGGUGAAGUUUUGUAUCAGGUAACAGCAGAUGGUCAGGUGGUUGCUACUGGGGGAUCUGAUCCCAAUGCGGCUGGUAAUGUAGCCUCUUAUAUGGAAGCUCUGAAGGAAGCUGGUUUACCAACAGACCUUCCUAUCCUUUUGGAUUCUGGGGAUGGGUCUUAUGUAACAGUCAAUGAAGAAGUACUCAUGAAUAUCUGCAAUGGUGGUGUCAUUCACUAUCAAGUUGCUGAAGGUAAUCUUGUCCAAGGCACUGAUGGGCAGGUUGUUGUGGAAGAAGGAGAGAAUGAAGCUGAGCAAGAGUUUUUACAGACUGAGCCUCAAGAAGAGUUAAAGCAAGUUACAACCGCAUCCCAAUCUGUUAUCCAGGAAAGUAAGCCUGGUAGCAAACCAAAAGUUGCCACUCCGGCCAGUAGCUGUGGGUAUACCACAGCAAGGCAGAUUGUGAAGGCAUCCAUGGAAAAGUUCCGUCAGGAACAAGCUGGCAUCCGCAAAUUUGUUGUUAAAGAAAUGCAAGAAGCUGAACUUGUAAUGGAACCAGGUGAUGAGAAUCCUGAAUUAGUGUCAGAUGAAGUGCAUAUGGAGCAAGGAGAACAGGCUGAUGACGCUAUCAUGCAUGAUGAGCAUGGGAUGGUGAAUGAUGAGCAGCAACACUUGGUCUCCACCACAACAGUUGAACCUACUCUUGUGCAAUCUGGAGGUCAAGUUCAGGCUUUGCUCCAGACUUUUGGAGAGGAUGGAGAGAGUCAGCAAGAAAUGGUUUAUUUGGUAACGGAAAAUGCUGAUGAAGUGAUUGCCAGUGGCAACUUUGGUGAUGGAACCCAUAGCUUUGCUGUUGUUUCCGAUGGAUCCACAGUGGAUGGGACCCACACAUUCUCCAUCGCCGAUGGUAACAUUGUGGUGCAGCAAGGACAGGAGGAAGCAGAAAUGUCAGUUGAGCAGGCUUUGGAAGCAAUGAUGGGGGGUUCUGAUGCAUCUAACCAUGACACCCCACAAAGUGCUCAACAGGCAGCUGUUGAUGCUGAAAGCAUGCGUCUUGUCUUGGGUGCUGAAGACCAUGAUGAUAAAUCAAGCAAUAGUGUUUUGCUUGGUGAAAGUAACAAGAAUGAAGAUACCCUUGCCAUACUAACUGACAAUACCAAACUGGAAGACACAUUGUUAGAUGAUUUGAAUGAUGAUGAUGACGAAACAUCAAGCAAGGAUAUACCACUUGCAGUUGGUUUGUUGCCUUUGAGAACUGCUCUGGAAAGAAUCCAGGCUACACCUGAACACCAACCUCGUAAAACUCGUGCCUCUAGUCUGACAGGAGAAGGAAGUAAAGGUGGAAAACGAAGGAGUGAUUCAGGAAGUGAAACUGUGGAGAAAAAGGCUCGUUCUGAUGAAGUGGUUGAUAGUGAUGGAAUUGGUGAUGAUAGGUUUGAUGCUGAGGAAGAAAAUUCUUCUAGUUAUGAUGUAGAAACAUCCCUUGGCGUGAUAACAGAAGAUGGGCUUAAAGAUGCGCCUUAAGUACAAUAUAAAAUCUAUUUAAAUGGUGGGCUAAAUACUUGUCACUUUGGUGUCAAAGAUUUAACCUCAGGCCGAUGUGGCAAUGCUAUUACUAUGGUUUCCUUUUUAAGAGUGAGACUGGUAGAAUUUUCAAUUAUAAGGAAAAUAUAAUAUAUUUACUUGAAGAAAGGCUCAGGAAUGUAGUUUCCAACUGCAGAACUAUGCUAUGUGUUUUGACUUAACAAUAGGCAGUAUUGCCUAGUUAAUAUAUCAGGUUUGCUCUAUUCCACAUUUUCUGCUCAAGAUUUUCUGGUGUACUUUCUAUUUCCUGAAGGUAGCCUUCCAACUUUAAUGAUCGUUCUAAUUUCCAUUUCCUUACUAACAAGGAACUUCAACGAGGACCCUCUUUGAUUGUGGGCUUUAGAUGUCCUGUCUCAAUACCCCUCUCUGACCCCCCCCCCUUUUUUUUUAAAGAGUUAUAAAAAAGGUGUCUCUUCAAGGUUGUUCCUCUGCAUUUCUGAAUCAGCACAGAACUUGGGAUGUCCUGCUAUCAGUUGUAUAGAAAGGUGCUACAUGGUGGUUGAUGCUUAUGUACAACUGCAUAUGUGGUACACUACUUUAUAUCUAUGUUGUAAUUAUUGAAGCAUUUUUUGUAUUAAUUAUAAUCUAAAAAAUCGCAAUGGUGUAUAUGUUAUGGGAGUCAGUGACAUUGACAACACUGGUGUAGAUUUAGUUGUGUGUUUUAUUGUUGAAAUGAAAGGUCUGUUUCGUUAGAAUAAUAAUAAUGGAAUAAUCUGAACUAUGGACUGAUUAUUUCUUCUAUAUUGGACUUUUGUCUUAUCUUAUUAGAUACUUUACAACCAUUUUUCUUACAAAUAUGGAUGUAUUUUAAAUUCUAAAAAUAGUGUAUUAAAACUGUUCCAAAUGAAAAUAGUGUUAUCAGAAGAAAAAAAUAUUAAGUUUUAUCUCUAAUUUUAUUUAUACUUUUCUUUGAUAUUUCGUGAAGUUUAUUUCAAGUUACCAGAUUGGUGGCAAACUUGUAAAGUCCUCUGUAGACCUGACUGCUCGCUCCUCUCCCCCAAAUCUCUCAACUCUGGGAGUUAUUUUCUUUUGAAGUUCUUAGUACAUAGUGUACAGCUUUACCAAGUCACUGUUUUGAUAUUGUAACUAGAGCUUUUUUUUUUCAUAAUUGGUUUAUUAUUGAUUGAAAAUCUAAGAAUCACCUAAAUGACAUUGUAAUUUGCAGGAACUCAUUUUCCAUUGCAAUAAAGUAUCCAUGAGUCACUAA